AUGAGCAUCACGCGAUCAGGACCACAGCCCGACAAGCACGAAGGACACCGCCAUGUUCGAAUACACCCAGAAUGCUCCUUAUGCGGGUGCUACUUCGAGGUCGGCGAGCCCAUGAUGGCCUUGCUUGGAGAUCGCUUCAGCACCACCUGCCGAGUCAUUGAUGCCUCGACAUUUCCUAUAGCCAUCUAUUGCAACCAGAAGCCCGGCACGCCCUGGACCUUUUGUCAGCUACCGAAAUGCACUAAGUGCGCUGCCGAGCUCGAAAGCGUCACGGUGCAUCGGGAUUGCUUCCAGAUCUUUCUUCAGCAAACAGCCGAUCAUAAACACAUUACGGCGUACAACUUGUGGCAUGCAGCGCACGCCCGUUAUCCUUGGCGUGGGUUUUGGCCUCUCCCGCUGACCAUUUUGGACCAAGAUGCGGCAAACCUCGCCAUGACCUGCGCCGCUGCGACAUGGCGUAUGUCUCUGAACAUGCUUCCGAAUGAAUUGCUGUUGCUGAUAUGUGAGAAUCUUGGGAACAGCGUCUUUUGGCGCCAUGUGCUGGCCAAGGAGUUUACUCGUAAGCUUAUGAUCGAAGCCGAUAAUGCCACAGCAUCAAUGACUACGCUAUUGCGAGUAGAAUCCUGGAAGCGAGGCACUGUACCAAAGAUGGCAACUUCUGAUGCCGGCGGCUUCUAUCGCCUCACAAUAGACUCGUACGGUUUGCGAGAAAUUGAGCGGCUGCCAGACAUCCCGGCGAAGAGCUCGAUGCGAAGUGAGACAUAUGCCUACGUUGUGGAUAGCGUGGAGCGACUGGGGGGAAUACCGAUUUCUUUCAAGGUCAAAAUUCUUCAAGGGCAAUCUUUUGGACUUGGCCGACUUUACCCGCCCAAAGGAAUGCGAUCGUUGAGAUCUUGGGAUACACCAGGUCCACCAGUUGCACCAGAUCACGAAUUUUCACCCGAGGUACAGCCCGUAUGCCCGCGCUUAGGCACCAUUGAAACGAAAAUCUCGUUUGGAAUCACCUUCUUCAUCUCAUCCGGCACAAUCGCGGCAAUGCAUGCGCACACGGUGCAGGCGCCGUCGGCCUAUUCGUGCUUCCAGCGACUCAAUCCCGUCAAGAAGAAAUGGGUGGCUUGGAUAUUCGUGCCCAUCCGGGGUGGGAUCGACAAAUUCGGGUUUCGAACUCCGUUGCUGCCACCCGGAGCGAGCCUGCCUCAGUUUGCAGGCAGCCUGCUUCUGCACACGAGUAUUUCGGGAGAAGUCGUAUUGGGGCCUUAUAUGCACUAUGGCAAGGAUUUGUGGAUGGAAGACGACGCAACCACGCUGAUACAUGGCAUAUCCCGAAUGGGCGCUGUUUAUCCGUUGGGGACAGCGCCUCGUGAUCAGGAAGGCGAGGAGGAGGAGGAGGUAUUUUUUCAAAACCCGAUGAACUUGUCACCGCCAUUCGAGCAUGCCUACUUUUCCUACGCAGAACUUGACAAGGUCAAGGAUAUUGAAGUUUACCACGACAAGGCACUGGGCAUUUGCCGAGGCGUUGUUGUUGGAUACCAAAAUGGCGGGGAGAGGGCACUAGGCCAGUGUCGCAUUGGCGUCGACGCGGUACGAGUGUACGAACAGCCAGCGUGCUUCUGUUACAAGAAGAUCAAAUAUUUGCGGCAGGGCACGCGCGUGGAACGGGACAGCGUCAAGAUUGAAUGCAAUACCGAUGCGAAUCAUGAUCAUUCAGAGGAGGGAUGGACGUGCUGCAAAUUUCCUAGCAGGCUCGAGUGGUGGUUCACUAGCGAAGAGUCCCGGAUAUCCUUUACACCAGGGCGGGCGGGAUGCAGAUGA